UUUUCCUUUCCAUCUCAGGAAGCCAAACAUGACCAGAAAGUUCUUCACAAACACCCGGGAGCGGUGGAGGCAGCAGAACGUCAACAGUGCAUUUGCCAAGCUGAGGAAGCUUAUCCCCACUCACCCUCCAGACAAAAAGCUGAGCAAAAAUGAAACUCUUCGUCUGGCCAUGAGGUACAUCAACUUCUUGGUCAAGGUCUUGGGGGAGCAAGGCCUGCAGCAAACAGGAGUGGCUGCUCAGGGAAACAUCCUGGGACUCUUUCCUCAGGGACCCCACCUGCCAGUCCUGGAGGACAGGACUCUGCUGGAUGACUGUCAGCUUCCUUCCCCUGGCCCAGCCCAUCACAUUGCAUAACACGACUCAGCC